UCUGCUAGUUUUUGUUCUCUAGUUUAUUGAGAAUUUAUUUGUUUGUGAUACAUCAAGACCAGUGAGGUUGAGGUGCGAGAAGUACGAUGCCUAUCCUGUGAGAAUUUAAACUCGUUGAGUUCUAUUGGGAGUGAAAUAAUGUCAUAUUGCUGACUCCAUGACUUUGCACAUCACUAAGAUUUGGAUUACGAAGAGUGUUUUUUUUGGACAGUAAAAAGUUGACACGCUCCGGUGCCAGUGGAAUAUCUGCAGUGGCGGUGAGCGCCCAGUGGCCGCACUCUCGUCAAGAGAGCACAAACGGCCAAUAAAUCAGAAAUUUGGAGAAGCCAGAGGGAAUUAAUCCAGCAGAGGUGGCUCAGCAGGCCUCCGCAAUGAAGGGCACAAAGAGAGACUGGCUUUUUAGAGUGCAGGUACCAGGCCUCGCAAAAAAUGAAUUCGUCUACGUAGUGGGAAACCUCCCUGAGCUAGGAGCCUGGAACCACAAUCAGUCGAUCCAGCUGCACCAGGAGACGUCUGGCGACUCCCCAGGACACUCCACAGCCUUCGAGAGCAACCAGGCCGACGAACUCUUCAACGAAGACGGCAGCAGUGCCUCAGAGUUGAGGUUCGAUGAAACCGAAGAGGGCAGGAUCUUCUCAACAAAAAUAUCUCUUCCAACAGACGCUGAAGUCCACUUCCGGUACUUCAUUGCUGUCGUCUGCCAGUCCAAUGGGACCAAAAACUCAGCGAAGACCUUGCUUAUUCGAAGGUGGGAGACACACAUGCAGCCCAGAAGCAUAAAGAAAAAUACUUCCAGUAAUUUUACUGAGGAUUCAGUCCCUGAGCCUGAGAAAUUUGGAUACCACAAUGGCUAUUGUAAGAUUGAACGAGGGUGGCUGACAGAUGAGACUGUCAUUCAGUUCAAACUCUUCAAUAAUCCGAUUAAACUGUGGAAGAACAGACUGCAGAACAAGAAGUUGUAUAUUAAGAUGACACCUGUUAAUCUAGUCAGGCACAGCUCUGUCGAGAUACCACAGUUUGCUGGUGAAUGUGUGGAGGACAGUCUGUCCAUGGACACACAGGAUAUUGUGGAUCAACCUGCUUUCAGUAUUACGGAGAUUAGUGUAAUGAACGAUGAAGAGGCAACGUUCAGGUACCAGCAGCAGUUCGGUCGUACCUACGAAGAGGACGAGACCGUGAUCUUCAGCGUGGCAGUCCGUUACCCAGACACAAUCGCGUAUCUGGUGGACUUCUAUGUUUACACGUCAAGGGUCUAUCCUGGGGAUUCACCGCCAACUCAUAUUGGGUUUAGCUACAUUCUUCCCAGUACUCUGCAGGCCAGUGUGGGAAUGCUGACGGUACCUAUUACUAGUACCAAGCACAGGCCAAUUGGACAAUUGACUGUGGAGUACGUAGCAAUUAAAGCAAUUCCUGAUUAUCCAUGGGACAUGAGUAUCUCGUAUGCGAAACAUUGGGAACAGAGGUGGUCAGGAUUAGACGUUGGCCACAGAGGAUUGGGUACAUCGUUCAAGUGUGAAAUGAAGAACUGUGCUAAUGUCAGGGAAAACACAAUAGCUUCAUUGAAAACAGCUGCUGACCACGGUGCAGACAUGGUAGAAUUCGACGUACAAUUAUCGAAAGACAUGAUACCAGUGAUCUACCACGACUUCCACGUUUCCAUCUCCUUAAAACGUAAAAAGCAAAUCGAUGCGAUGGAUAUGCUUGAAAUACCGGUGAAGGACCUCACAUUAGAGCAGUUGCAUCUUCUGAAAGAUAUUAAUUACCCCGAAGACUCGAGGGGUAAGGUGCUGCAUUACUUUGAUAACGAUGAGCAAAGGGUUAACAAACUGGUUUACCAUCUGGCGGAGGCACGAGAGAAGAAUCCCAGGUUCUUUGAUGAGGACCUAGAGGACCAUCAGCCAUUUCCUACCCUUCAGGCUGUUCUGCAAGAGCUAGAUAUGCAUGUUGGAUGUAAUAUCGAGAUCAAGUGGACGAUGCAGCUGAAGGACGGCACAUUCGAGCUAAACCACCCGUUCGACCUGAACACCUACCUCGACAUCAUCCUAAAAGUCACCCUGGACCACGGAGGCGACCGUAAAAUCGUAUUCUCCUCCUUCAACCCAGACAUCUGCGCCAUGAUCCGCCUCAAGCAGAACAAGUACCCAGUGGUGUUCCUCACUCAGGGGAUCACCAUGAAGUAUCCAACCUACCACGACCCCAGGUGUCAGUCGAUCCCCAUGGCGAUGCUCCACGCUAUUUCCGCCGACAUUCUGGGGAUAAACGUCCACACCGAGGACAUCCUCCGAGACCCCUCCCACGUGCAGAUAGUCAGGGAUCGAGGGCUCGUAAUCUUCUGCUGGGGGGACGACAACAACGACAAAGCCACCAUUCAACACCUCAAGAAAUUGGGCCUACACGCUGUGAUCUACGAUAAAAUCGACGAAUACAAUCAGAAGGAGGUGAAGGAGUCGAUUUUCCUGGUGGACGCCAGGGAGAACCAGAAGGCACUCAUCGCCCUGGCCCAGUGCGUCGACAACCAGUCCCUCCCACCCCCUGACAACGGGGACAAUGGCGUUAGCUACGACACCUCGAUGAUUCUCAAUCCGAAGAUUGGCAAUAUCUCAUCGUCGUCGCUCGCUGAUUCCAGCAUUUUUCCGAUGCCUGAACUGCUGCCUGGGGAGAGGAUCUCUGGGAACGAGUCGGAUGAGGGCGAAAUCAGGAGCUUGGCCAGGGAUUUCAGCGAGUGCGCCAACUCUUUUGGCAGGAUUGGGGAGGGAGGGGAAGGUGCUGUGGGGUGUGGGGAGCAGGAGGGCGCCAAGGAUUACCUUUGAUGACGAGGGUUUAGGGGACUGAUGGCUUGUUUUUGUACGAGGGCGAGGGGUGAGGAGAGGGUUUAGGAAGGGGAGGGGGCAGUUUCCUCGAGGAUUUGGUGGAAUUUUGGGAGCAGUUUUGGGAGUGAUGGGUUUUGAAGGGCUUCAAGAGGGUGAGUGGAAAGGAAAACCUUAUUGAAUUACUGAAUGAAUUGUUCAUUUGAGAUCAUUUUUUUGUUCAAGUUGAUGUAAUGAUUUUGUAAAUAUGUUGAGGAGUAGAUUCAGGAUGAAUAACCAAGAGAAUUUUUGCAGGAUAAACAAUUUCACACAAAAAUAUUUGUAUUUUUUAAAUUUUGUCAUGAAAGCCCGUGUCGCCGAGAUGAUUGAGAAAUUGAUGAAAUGUUUUUAUUUUGAGUUUAAUUAGUUCGCUUUUUAAUGAUUGAAUUAGCUCGCUGAAGAGUGACUUCGUCUGAAAAUAUCGUGAAUAAUUGUUGUAGAAAACUUUGCAAAAAAAACUCCUCGACAUUUUUUCAUCAAAUCACUCACUCGAGAGACAACUCCAAAAUUAAAACGAAAAUUCAAGUCAAAAACAUCUUUUGAAUCCCCAAUAUCUCUACGAUUGCCCAAAUGCCGAGAGAUUUUUUUUUCAGGAAUGAUAAUCUUACACGAAACCCCUUAUGAAAAAUUAAUCAAAGGUUUUCAUCUAACUUGAAUGAGUUCACUUCCUACUCAUUAAAAACAUCGUAAUUUUUGUAGAGAAUUUUGUAAUUUACAAAAACAAUUGUUUGACAUUUUUUCCUGGAAGCACUCAUGAGAGAGACUACUCCACAAUUAACACGAAAAUUGAAGCCAAAAAAUCUUUCAACUCUCAACACUAAUUUAAUAAUUUCAAAAAUUAACUCCUCACCCUAGCCCACAAGCUGAAUAAACAAAUAAAGAUAAUUCUGCUAAGAUAACUCCUAUAUUUACCACUUUUGAGUCUGCAUUGGACUGUCCGGGAUAAUAAUUAUUGUGAAUACAGAAGUUAACGAUAAAAAUAUGAGAGUUUAGUACAAAAAUAUUUCUAUGCACCUCUUAUUAUUUUCUAUCGUCCUUCGGUGCUUAUUUCUGACUCUUAAUUAUUAAUUAUCUCGAGAGGAGUUGAAGGGAAAGACAAUUAUCGAAGGAAGCUUCGUCAAUCUAAUGAACAUAUAUUUUUUUAGAUGAAUGAACAAAUACUGGGAUUUUAUUUUAAUUCCAAUUUUCCUAGUGUUUGAUGGGCAGAACUCACUAUUGACAGCUUCCGUAUAAUCAAUUAUUUAUGUAGUUUAGGGGACUAUUUGUCUUACACUUUUCUUAUUGUUCAUUCACAUGAGUUAUCCCAGAAAAUGAUUUUUUUGAACCAAGUGGAAAUAAUUUUAACGAAAAAAAGGAAAAAAAUGGAUGAAUUUAUUCUAGACAUUUAUUUAUUAAUAUUUCUAAACUGAAAUUUUAGUUUUAAGAACUAUUAAUCAUUUUAAUAUAAUAAUUUGUUUCUAUCAACGAAGAGAAGUGAAAAUCCAGGGGAAAAGGUGAUUUCAUUCAAAUAAAUCAUUUUUCUUGAUGACAGAAUUGUCUUAUGAAUUUUCUUAGUUAAUUUUCUCGUCUUAAUUUUUACUAAAUAACGCCGAUAAUAUUGCUGAAGCCAAUUUUGAUGAUUUUGGAAAUCGUUAAGAAGGAUUUUGUAGUGAAGUGGCAAAAACAGAUAAAUUUCCAGUUCAAUCCCAAUAAUUUUGGAAAUAUCUCAGGAACUAGUGGGCUUAGAAAAAAAAAUGUCGAAUUGGGGAAUUUAAUUGCUGCAACCACCCGCUUCCAAGGCGAUAAAUCAACAAUUGAAAUUAUUGAUUGUUAAUUACUUCAUAAUAUCGAAAACUAUUGGCCCUAGGAAAAACUGUCACAAAACCUUUUUUGUGGAGAAUUCCAUUCCCUACAAAAAAGCUUUUUUCGCAUUUUUCUCUACCUGCACUCAUUGCCGAGAUAAUUGAAUAAUUAACGAGUGAUUCAUAUGUUCGAAUCCUUGAACUAAAAGAUAAAAUCUGUUUCAACUCCCUUAUCUCCCAAACCAUCGACAUUAGGUGAAAAUGUCAUAAGACAUUUUUUGUAGAGAAUUUAAUUUUCCACAAAAAAUGUUUUUUGCCAUUUUCUCGGAAACCUCUUCGAUUCCGAGAUAUUCACGAAAUAAAUAAAUGAAUGUGUUGAUAAAUCCAAGGACUCACCCUCACAACUCAUCUGUGAAUUUUUACCACUUCAUUACUACAAUCGUGAAGAUAAUCCGGUGAAAAUGACUGCCUCUGUCGCUGGAAUUAUUCGUUGGAAGUGUGAAGAGUAUGAGAAAUCGAUGAUGAACGAAGGAAUGAUGAAAAUAAUACCGAUUAUUGUAAUUUAUUUCGAUGCUGGAAAUAGCCAAUCAGCUACUGAUCAUACUGUAAUCAAUGGUUUUCUAAAGUGUGCCCAUUAGUGCAGAAUUUAUAGCUACUGAUGAAUCAUGGAUUGAGCAGAUCAAAUAAAUUCAUACGUUCGAUUUGUA